ACAAUACAAUCCUGAAUGUCAUUCUGGAGUAACAGCCAGAGCAAGUACCUCAUAAGGGCACAGUUUGCAGGUGUUCUACACUUCCAUCAAAGGCAAAAAUAAUCGGAAAACUAAUAUGCUGGACUUCUGUAGCCACAGAUGUACACUGCUGGCUGCCUUCUUUGUCUGUCUCACGCUUUUUGGCAGUUUGCUUAUCCAGUGGCCACUGUUUUUUAAAAUGAAAAUGACCUCAAGAAUUGAAACUGAAGUCAUUGACAUGAAUAUUAAUGCCAAAAACACAACUGUUUUAGUGUGGUACUGGCCUUUUGGAGAUAAAUCUAGUGUGGAUGGUAAUGUGUGUUGGGAGAGGUUUGGCAUACCAAACUGCAAGUUGGUGGACGAUCGGUCCAUGUUCUCUCAAGCAGAUUUUGUGGUUUUCCACAACCGUGAGCUAAUUCAAGGCCAACAAAGACUGCCUGUAGACCAGACCCGACCACGGAGGCAGAAGUGGGUAUGGUUCUCACUGGAAAGUCCAGCACAUAAUGGUAAUGUGAAGCCCUUUGCUGGGCACUUUAAUUGCACCAUGUCUUACCGCCGUGAUGCAGAUAUCUAUACACCAUAUGGCAGUUUGGUACCCCAGGACUUCGGUACUGGAUUGACAGUUGAGGAUUUCAUACCAAAGAACAAGUCGUCUAUGGCUUGUUGGGUUGUGAGCAAUUUUGCAGCCCACCAUAAGAGAACUGCUGUUUACAACAGACUGAAAACAAUUAUACCAGUGAAUGUGUAUGGUGGAGCACUGAAUAAGCGCCUUGAUGGUAAUGUUCUGUUACCCACAAUCUCUCACUGCUACUUCUACCUGUCUUUUGAGAACUCCAUUUUCAAAGACUACAUCACAGAGAAGUUGUGGUACAAUGGCUUCAUGGGUGGAGCAGUGCCUGUAGUUUUAGGUCCACCACGGGAACAGUAUGAGGCGGUGGCACCAAAAGACUCCUUCAUCCAUGUGGACGACUUCCCCUCAUUAGAGGAGCUUGGAAAGUUCCUGAAGAGUCUGGCGGAGGAUAAGGAACGCUAUGCCUCAUACUUCAACUGGAAACUGAAGUAUACGGUAAAGCGAUUUGGCGAUUGGAGGGAGGAAUUUUGUAAAAUUUGCCCCAAAGUCAGUAGCUUACAAAAGCAUAAGGUCUAUGAGGACUUACAUACUUGGGAAUGGCAAUAAAAUCAAAGGAAUCAAAACACCAACAAAAAGUAAUUGUCUGUGACCUGCACCUUUUUUCUUAUCUUUACACAAAGUCUAUACAAGGUCAAGGUGACUUUAUUAUCCCCAAGGGGCAAUUAUUUUCACAGCCAGCAGACAGACAUAAGGACAAGACACACAAAAAAUACAUAAAAAUACUCACAGUAUCUAAAACACAAUAAUAAAAAUAAAUAUAGUUAAAACAGUUUUGGCAGACUGAAAAAUGGAAACGGAAGUCGGGAUAAAAGAGUUUCUGAGUCUAUUGGACCUGCAUCUGGGCAUGGAGUACCUACGGCCUGAGGGGAGCUUAAACUGGCAGGACGGCUAUGGUCAUUAAAGGGCAAUGAAAUUAAAGGGCAAGGCCACAUUGGUGGACGCCGGGGCUUGAACC